GCUUCCGUAGUUUGAGUCACAUGAAUGAUUUGUUUAGGUCGUGACAGAAAUGCACCCUUUAUUAACAUGUAGCUAGCUUACAUGAGAUUGUAUUAACCUUAUAUUUUUGGUAAACUUAUCCGGUCAACAAAACGAAGCGUUACAUCAGGAAAUGGUCUCACACGGGUGAUAAAUAGGGCGAUAUUUCAUCUAAGCGGAAGCGUUUCGGGUUUCUGUGUUUACGCUAAUGAGAGCUGUCGUCUAUCGCUCAUAAACGAUGCUUCGCUGGAUUCUUGGUGGUCGAGAAGCUCAGGGUUCAGUGGAGAAAAGCCCCGUGUUGUGCAUCGGAGAGGAACAGCCCAAAAACUGGUUCACUGAGCUGCAGGUGCUGAAAGGACAUUUUGACAUUGUUCGAUUUCUGGUGCAGAUUGAUGACUUCAGAUGUGCCUCAGCAGGUGAUGAUGGCCUUGUUUUGGUGUGGAAUGUGGAGACCGGGGAGAGGCUGCAGGAGCUGAGGGGCCAUUCUCAGCAAAUAACAGCCAUAACCACCUUCACUUGUAACAAUGGACUCAUAUCGCACACCUAUCUCAUCACAGCCUCCUCAGACCGAAGUCUCAGUCUGUGGGACCCUGAUACGGGCAACCGAGUUCAGACCAUUUCAGAUCUGCAGUCUUCUGUAAAGUGUUUGCUGGUGCUGGAGCGGCUGUGUGUGUGGGUCUCUGGCGGGGAAGAACUGUGUGUGUGGAACAAAGACUUUCAGCUGCAGUGUCACAGACAGAACCACAGCGACACUGGAAUAACUGCUUUGAUAGAGCUGCCUAAGAACUGCAUAGCAGCUGCUAUGGAUAAAGAGAUAGUGAUCUACAGGCUGACAGUCUCCACUGAUUCCUCCCUGUCAGUGGCUGAGAUCCGCUGUCUGUCUGACCACCAGGACAGGAUUCGAGCUCUUAUCAACGUCAAUGACGGGCUCUUCGCCAGUGGUUCCCAUGCAGGCGAGUUGAUCUUAUGGGAUGCGAUCGAUUGGAACAUCCUGGCCUAUGAGCACAUCCUGUGGGAGGAGUCACAAGCCAGCACUCAGGCGGAAAUACGAUUGGCUGCUCCCAAACCUAGUGAGAUGUCCAUUCAGCAUCUGACCACUAAUGGAAGGCACAUCCUUGCAGCUGUGGGCAGCGGUCUGUAUGUGUACAGCCUUCUGACCAAGACAGUGGUGGCCUACAGGAAGGUUGCCCAUGACUCUAAUGUGUUACACACCAUGCUGUUGUCUGACAGUGAGCUGAUGUCCUGCUCUGAAGAUGGCAGUGUGAGGAUGUGGGAGAUCCAAGACCUGCCUUUGCCUGCUGAACCAGCCUCUGCAGGGUUCUUUGGAAUGUGGACUUUUGGCCGGUCAAACAAACAGACUGGUCCUCCGACAAAGAAGGUCAUGGACAUCCCAAACAUCAGGAAGCUGGAGUUGACGGGUGAUCUGAUUGGACACUCGGGGGCAGUCCAGAUGUUUGUGAGCUUUAAGGAGAACGGUUUGGUGACCUGCUCGACAGACCACCUGCUGAUUCUGUGGAAAAACGGAGAGAGGCAGUCCCAUCUCCGCAGCCUGGCACUUUUCCAAAAGCUGGAGGAGAAUGGAGGACUCUGACCUUUAACCCCUGAAUUACUGCCUUUAAAAAAAGCAAAGAUGUGAAGCUGUCGGGUGGUGUUGGUCUACAAUCAUUUGGAUUUAUUGUAAUGAUUGUUGUGUGUGUUUAAUGAUGAUGUAAUGGUUGCUGUUUGCCUUUUGACUGAAAGUAUUUAACAUAAAUUUAAAAAAAAAACUCAGUAAAUACCUCAUCUCAAAAAAAAAAAAAAAAGUUUGCAUUACUUUUUAUUUCUGGCUUAAAGUGCGUUUGUGCCGGCAUUGACUAUAAAUUGUCAUGUAAUUUGUUUUAGCCACUGGCACGAAUAGGAUACGUCACAAACACUCCCCUGCUCACCCAGACGACUGUCUGGGCAAUAGUGCGUGAGCAGGCAAGGCGUUUGUUUUUGUAUCUUCAGGGCUCCAGAACACGAUUAUUUAGUUGCAUUUUGCGACCAUGGAGCACCACUGUAACUUGCAAAUACUAUGAAUAUUAUGCAGUGAAUAAUUCCUCAUUUAAACGAUGCCGCUGUAACUGCUACCAGCUAAGCCGGCUGAAGUCAAGUUCACAUCAAAACAUCAACAUGUCCAACCUGAGAUGAACCGGGUGCUUCAGCAUGAAAGCACCAGUGGUUUUACUUUGAUUUAUUUCAUUAUAAAAUCAUUUUACGGUACUUUAUUCAACUUUAUUGUAACAGCACUUUAACUAUUAUAAACA